AUGAUGUAUUCAGUCGGUGCUUCGGCAAGUAAACUUGGCAUGCAUUGCAGCGAUGACCUUGAUCGGGAAUCCACCAUCGCUUCUUCGGACGGUCCCUUCCACGAUGCUUCCUCCAACACUGGUACGGGGACCAUCCAUUUGCUUUCUGGCGAUGAGUCGGACUUUGGCGAAGAUCGCAAACCUUCCCCAGCACCCAGCUUCGAUUCGGACGAUGAUAUUGAAGUGAUUGAUGUUGUUCGACGUGGGUCUCCUCCCCCUCCAUCCGCAUUCGAAGACACCAAACCCAAGUUCGAAGACACUAAACCCAAGUUCGAAGACACCAAGCCUGCUCGUGGCCGUGGCGCCCCUCGUGGUCCAACUCAACGACUCACCGAAGCUAUGCAAGCCCAAAUCGUCUCCCUUCGCGAAGCAGGCUGGACCAACAAAGCGAUCGGAGAACAUAUCGACCGCAGUCCGAACACGGUCAAUUCUUUCCUUCGAAGCCGCAAGAAGAGGAUCGAGGCUUUGAUCAGUGAUCUGCCUGGUUCCAGACCGAUUAAAGGCCUUCCUGCUGCUGGACGAUCGAGAGUGGCAAAGCAGGAAGAUGUGGAGCCGAAUGUGAGAUUGUCAGUCCCAACUCCUAGAGCUAAAGCGACGACGAAGCGCGAGAGGGAUACGGGUGCUGCUUUCGGUUUUGACCAGGAGGAUUUGCUUGAUGUUAAGCCGGGUAAGCGACCUAAGAAGGAGGAGCCCUUUUAUGUAUCGAAAGGGACAACGGGACGUGAAUCCAUCGCCUCAUCUUAG